UAUAGAUAAGGUUAAUGCCAGAGUUUAAGGGCAUUCUAUGACUAUGUUAAAGCGUCAAAUUCGGAAAUUAAUGGUGAUACGUUGAUAGUAGUUAAAGAUGAUAUUCCUGCAUAUUUAGUUUCACUAUAAUAAAAUGUUAUUCUACUCUGUUGCAUUAAUUUUUUUAGCUUGUGUUGUUUCUUUGAUUAACUGUUUGCCUGAUGAAGGGGUAUGGGAUUUCAAUUUGACGAUGCAAGAUGAUAGAUUUUAUCUUUCGAAGAGCUUGUAUCAAGGAUCACAAAUAUACAUAAAACUAAACUGUGAAAGUGUGAAUUCUAGAAGAAGUAACAUUGAAAUUAGUUGGGAAGUUGUCCAGUCACGUUGUUGGCAAAUCCCACACCAUGUUUUUGAAGAGUUCAAUAACUUAAUAGCCAACGGCUCCAUAAAUGAAACAAAUUCUUACCGUUCCCUUCAUAGAAAAUACAUUUGUGAUGAUCAUAUAAUCUUAGAUCCGUUACCUGCACCAGCUGGAUCUUCCAAAUCACAUGCCAACUAUAUAGCUCCAAGAGAUGGAGUGUACAUUUUAAUACUUCGAGUAUCUACCGAUCCAAAGUUUAAUUUGGAAUUUACUUUGGGAGUUCAUAUUGAAAUAAAAAGUGACUAUGGCUAUUUAUCAGCAGCAGAUUGGCCACUUUUACCAUUUUAUGGAAUUAUGUGUGUAGUUUAUGUUUUGUAUGGUAUAGGUUGGCUUGUUAUUUCUGCCUUACAAUGGAGAGAUCUCCUUAGAGUACAGUUUUGGAUUGGAGGUGUUAUUCUCCUAGGAAUGUUAGAAAAAGCACUGUUUUAUGCAGAAUUUCAUAACAUAAAUAAUACAGGAUUGCGUGUUCAGAAUGUUAUGCUUUUAGCAGAAUGGGUUUCCUGUGCCAAGCGAACACUAGCUCGUAUGUUGGUUGUAAUAGUUAGUCUUGGUUUUGGAAUAGUCAAACCACGUUUAGGAACAGCUCUUCAUCGAGUCAUCGCAGUGGGUGCACUGUACCUUUGUUUAGCAGCAACUGAAUCAUAUUUGCGCAUAAUGACGCCAAAAAAUGAUCACAAUAGAGACCUGUUGGUAGCUUCGGUCCCUUUGGCUGUAUUAGAUUCUGCUAUCUGUUGGUGGAUAUUCAACGCUCUUGUUAAUACAACCCGCACGCUUCGUUUACGCAGAAAUGAAGUUAAGUUAUCUCUCUACCGACACUUCACAAACACCUUAAUAUUCUCCGUUGUAUCGUCCAUUAUAUUUAUGUUAUAUUCUAUAAAAACGCACCACUUUCCCAGUUGUUUAACUAUUUGGAAGGAUUUAUGGUUAGAAGAUGCCUACUGGCAUAUAUUAUUCUCUGCUGUAUUACUGGUUAUUAUGAUACUGUGGAGGCCAACCAAUAACAACCAAAGGUAUGCAUUUGUCCCUCUUUUGGAAACAGGCGAUGAUGAAGAAGAGGAACAUUUAGUAAAUGAUGCUUAUGGGGUAAAAGUAAGAAUGCAUCAACAACAGAAACCAUCGUCACCGAAAAAUACUUCAGUAGAAGAUGAAAUAAAAUGGUUGGAAGAAAAUGUUAAAAACGAAAUGCCAUUGCCUAUUCUCGAUUCCGACGAAGAGCUUGUAAAUACACAUUUUGAAGUCUCAAAAAUGCAGUAGAUCUACAUAUUUAUUUAUUGUGCUUAAAAUUUCUAUUUAAGAUUUGUGUUCUUAAUAUUAAUUCUGUGUUAUUACUGACUAUUAAUACAUAUUUUAUUUGA